UCGAUAUUGCUAUAAAUACGGACCACAAAGCAUUGAUUCCAACAUUCGUUAUGGUGUAAUAACAUAAUGCGUAUUCUUGCUUUGUUAGCCCUUUGCUUAACCACCGCUGCGGCGGUCCCCACUGGUGGACAGAGGAUUGUAGGUGGUUCACUCACUACCAUCGAUCAGUAUCCGACAAUCGCUGCAAUCCUUUUCUCUUUUGAUUGGGUUAACUACACCCAAUCUUGUGGUGGCAUCAUUAUCAACAACCGAUCUAUCCUCACUGCUGCUCACUGUACCGAUAAUCGUGCACCGGGCCAGUUCAGAAUUCGCGUAGGCUCCUCUUUCCGAAGCAGUGGUGGUGUUGUUCACAACGUCAUAUUGAACAUCGUCCACCCUGCGUAUAACCCCUGGACCAUGGACAGUGACAUCGCUAUCCUCCGCUCCGCCUCCACUUUCUCCUUCAACAACAAUGUCCGCGCUGCUUCCAUCGCUGGUGCCAACUACUUGCCCGGUGACAACCAAGCUGUAUGGGCUGCUGGAUGGGGUGACACUUACUCAAGUUCUGGUGCUGGCUCCGAGCAACUCCGUCACGUCCAAUUGGUAGUUAUCAACCAGGAGACUUGCAGGCGACAGUACGAGAAUACUUUCUACCCAAUUAACGACAACAUGUUGUGCGCUGGUUGGCCCUCUGGUGGUCGCGACACGUGUCAACGUGACUCUGGUGGUCCUCUCUACCACAAUGGUGUCGUUGUUGGUGUAACUUCUUAUGGCAUGGGAUGUGCUGAUGUGAGAUACGCCGGUGUUAGCGCUCGUGUAUCCCGUUUUUCAUCUUGGAUCUCAGCUAACGCAUAAUACUGUUUUGUUUUAAUUUCAAGAAUAAAUAUAAUUUCAAAUGUCA